AUGUCGGAGAUUUCAACGUUAGAGAUUUCAAUGAUCUCAAGUGGGAUGAGUCGGUAUUGUACCUGUGGGACAAAGAUAAUUCGUCGGACUUUGUGGACAGAUUUGAACCCAGGAAGAGGGUUCGAUGCUUGUGAUAAAAAUUGGUGGGUGGAUAAUGAAACUUUUCCAGGAGGCAAACAAGUGGUCCCUGGUUUGCUUAGAAGACUUAGAGCAAUGGAGGAGGAAGGUAGAGCAAAGGAAGAACAAUUGAGAUCUGUGGAAGAAAAAAAGAAAGAACUGCAGUAG